AACCAUCGUGACGUCACAGGCAAGCGCCGAACUCCAGUUUCCAAAGUUUUUAUGAGGAGCUAUAGCUGAUGGACAGAAAAGUGAGUUUCUGUCGGAUUUGUCGCCAAGUUAACAGAUGGAUGACAUCAACGUACUCCACCACAGAUGCCUCUUGAAUCUGAGGCGUCGAAUCAGAGGUAUCGGGGAUGGGCGCCCUGCACAGGAACGCUACAUGAGGAUACAGAAGGAUGGAGACACCCUCAGUUACCAAGGGAACUCUGAGGAGGUGGGUUGCUAUGUGGCUGGCCAUCCUUUAUCAAAGGGAAAUUGCUACUUUGAGGUGACAAUAGUGGACACAGGGGUGAGGGGCACCAUUGCUGUGGGCCUGGUGCCUAAAUUCUAUAGACUGGACCACCAGCCUGGCUGGCUGCCAUACUCUGUAGCGUACCACGCUGACAACGGCAAGUUAUACAAUGGAAACCCCGUCGGUCAGCAGUUUGGGCCAAAGUGUGCUCGUGGUGACCGCAUCGGCUGUGGAAUUCACUCAGAAAACAUUGACGCAGGUUUUACAACAGUCUUUUUCACCAAAAACGGCAAAGAGGUGGGUUCAGUGGAGGUUCCCGUGUCUGCAGAGGGGUUGUUCCCCGCCGUAGGGAUGCACUCCAUGGGGGAGGAGGUGAAGGUUGACCUGCAGGCGGAGUGGUUCUUGGAGGUAGACGAUAGUAUGAUGAUGGUGGACAGCCAUGAAGAUGACUGGGGGCGGCUUUUCGAUGUCAGGGUUAGCGGCACGCUCUUGGAGUACGUUGGCAAGGGAAAGAGCAUCAUGGACGUGGGCUUGGCUCAGGCCCGCCAGCCACUCACCACCCGCUGCCACUACUACGAAGUGGAGAUUGUUGAUGCUGGAGAGAAGUGUUACAUUGCCCUGGGCCUGGCGAGAAAGGACUAUCCCAGGAACAGACACCCGGGAUGGAGCCGAGGGUCGGUGGCGUAUCAUGCUGAUGACGGCAAGAUCUUCCACGGCAGCGGGGUCGGAGACGCUUUCGGUCCUCGCUGCUUUAAAGGUGACAUUAUGGGCUGUGGCAUCAUGUUCCCACGAGACUACAUCCUGGACGGAGAAGGUGACGUGGACGACUGGGAUCGGCUGGAGGUCCGUCCGGCUCGGGCAGGAGUCCAGAACGUUCUGUACCUCGAUGACGAAGAGGAGGAAGAGGAAGACGGGGAAGAGGUAGAGCAGGGACAGGAGGGCAGGAAGGUCACGGUGUUCUUCACCAGGAACGGGAAGCUGAUGGGCCGCAGGGAGAUGAGGGUUCCUCCCGGGGGUUUGUUCCCCACCGUGGGGAUGCUGAGCAGCGGGGAGAAGGUCAAGGUGGACCUGCACCCCCUCAGCGGAUGAGCUGAGCCACACUGGACGCUGUGAUGCUUUGCAAACAGCUGGCUGCACUGCAGAGCUCACACACGGUAGCUUAGCAUGCUGCGAACACUGAAAACACACCGGCACUGUCUCUGCUUUUAUUUAUAACACCUGUUCAUUGCCUCAUCAAAGAAACACAGCCGGACCAUACACCUGGUUGUACAGUAGCAGAGAACUCAAACAUAAGCUGUGUAGGUUACAGCAUGCUGCACCUGAAAGAAAAUAUAUAUAUUUAACGAUUUAUUCUAUGCAAUCUGUACUGCUAUCUCCCUCACGUCUAACCUCCCUCUGCAUGCAGUGUGUCCGAACACUGAGCUGUUAAAUCCCUCUCAUGAGCUCUGUUUAUUUCCUUUGUCACGACCCAAAGCAAAGCAGAGCCAGGCCAACAGUUGUGCCGAGUCAGAGCUCAGUUUCAGGGAAUAGACUAUCCCCUCUCUCCCCCUUUCUCUUUCUCUUUCUCCACCUCUCUCUCUCUGGGUGAGGCUGCCCUCCUGUGAGCGUUCAGGGACCUGCUGCCUCCCGAUGCUUUGCUGGAAGUGAAACCUAGGAUCUGUUGCAAUAUUUCACAAAUGCAUCAACGCACAUUUUAUAUGAGCUGACUGUAGGAGGAUCAUUGCAGGUUUCACAUUAAGAUGCUGUUACCGGUUUCUAAUUGAACAAGGACUACAUUUAAAAAAAAACAACAUGUCAGGUAUGUUUUCCUCAAGGGCAUCUGCAGAAUACACAUUUAAAUCUUUUACGCAAAAAAGUUCAGGGAAUGUGUUUUGUUUUUGCACUUCGGGGAGGCUGAGGACACGUUUAAGUCACACAGUGAGUAGACAAAACUGGAACAACUCUUACAUACAUUGCAGUCUGAUGCAACCCUGCAAUCAUCAGCCAUAAAAUAUAUCCCUACGGUUAAUUUAGCUUUAGAAUCAUUAAAUAUAAUCAGCUCUGGCUGUCGGAUUGCAUCAUACUGUAAUGUGAUAUUUUGUAUUUUAACAUUUGUCCUCAGUGCAUGCAAAGGAUUAUUUCCUGUCUCACUUUUCCUCUUCCCUUUUUCUAACCAUAAAGUUAUACUAAUAUAUUACUGUUAAGUUUACAAGAAAAGAUCCUCCCAAAUGAAUUUCUUGCUUUAGUAGUCAGAAGAUGAUUUCCCGUGUGUAAUGACAUUAUAUGAUGAAGAAUUAACGGCUGGAUGAUUUUCUUGUUGUGGAUGAAGAUGAUUUGUGGUUACUGCAUGUUUGUGUUUGUGUGUCUGCACAUCAUCAACAGCACCAGAGGUUUGUAAACACAAAGACAGAUCACAUCAGAGACUCUGUUUUUAUGCUGAAUCACUUUAAGCUGUGUUAGAUCACUAUGGUAACCCAUGCUCAAGCAUAGGGCUGCCACAAUCAUUUUCAUUAUUUAAUGUUCAGUUUAAACAUUUUCUUGAUUGUUUAGUCUAUAAAAUGUCAUGUGGAAAAUACCGACCCUAUUUAGAAAGGCCUUACUCAUAAUUAUAGAUCUGAGAAAUGAAUCAAUAAGUAUUUUGACAAAAAUAAAUGUAAAAAUCUUUGGGUUUUGCACUUUUGUUGAAACACAACUUAAAUAUUUCAACUCACUUUGGUGCAUAUUCACAGAUUACAUGAUUAAAAUGUGUGCAGUUUACCUGGAGAUACUUAAUUUAAAUGUUAUUAUAGCACUCUUCUCCCCGUAAAACCUUCAGACUACAUUUCCCAGAAUGCAACUCGACCAACACCAAAGCCUCGAGCAAUACUUUUUUCUGCGUCACACGACUCCUAUCGGCUUCGUUCAACCUACAGUUUAGCGACAAUUCGUCAUUGCAGAUGUAAACAAACAUUAACUGUGAAUGAGUUACUUUCAGGUUUUAUUUUAAAUGAUUAAAUACUUAAAUUAAAUCGGUUUACCACACCAUGGCCUAUAUGUGAGCUCCCGUGUUCGGGGUGUGUUUACGGUCGGUUAUGUCCAGUAAACUUGCAUUUUAAACUCAGAAAAGUUUUCUAACCUAGUCUACACCCAGGACUAUCUCAUGUACACAUAAUCCACGUACUAGACAAAUAAAACAGUUCUUACUUUGACGCCACACUCGGUUUAAUAAAUGAAUUGCAGUUUUUGUCACAGCCACAGAUUUAUUUUGAUUUCAAACGUAAAGCUAGCCCCAAACCAACCAACUACUAGCAAAAGGGGUACAUUUCAACCUUGUAUUUAACACGUUAGUCCUCUCAAAUACCUGAAAACAGACUCAAUCUUGUUGAAUAAUUCACUCAUAAAUAGAUAAGCAAAAAACGGCUAUUCUGCUAGACUGGGUUGAACUGGAUUUGUGAUACAGACCUCAGCAAUCUGUGCACGUGAAUGAGAAAUACUGUAGUAUGUUGUAUUAUGUCAGUGAGCUGGUUUCCACACACAUUACCAGAAUUAUAAACAUUAUAUUGUAUAAUCCUAAUCUAUAAAACCUUUCCCACAUCUGUGUUUGUCCAUCAUAACAUCAGCAGCCCUAAACUACAUUCCUGUAAAGAUGCAAACGGCAGGUUUCUGUCUUGUUUCAGCUUUCUGCAGCCAGUGAUGCUAGGAAAAAACGAUGUAAAAUCACUAAACAGGGUUAACUAUUAAAUCACAUAACUGCUGGAGACUGUUUUAUGUUCAGAUGUUGUCAUGUAUCUUGUUUUGGAGCCAUCGAUGAUGUGAAGAAAAACGUUGUUCUCCUUCUGCAAGGUUGAAUAGAGACUUAAAUGCUAAUUAUGCUAGACAGUGCAAAGACAUUAAUGAGACACUUCAGGGUAUUAAAGUCACUUAUUGUUUACUCAGUUUACAAAGUUUCACGGUUCAACCAAAUUCUUUAAAUCUGGUUGUAGCGUCUCUUUACUUGUGUGAUCAUGUCUCGCCUCGUUGACUUGCACUAUACAGACCUUGUUCCUUUUCAUGUUUGAUCAUCAAUAAAGGUUUACGUAAUGCAA